AUGGCUGGGGUCCCUUUCAGCCAUCUCGGGCUCGGAGCAAGGAGCAUGGGCUGGCCUGGGGGCAUCGUUCCUCUGGGCGUGGGUGUUGAGCUUGGGCGCAAGCGUGUGAUGGAAUUUGCCUCGAUUCACCCCUUGCCCAUUGGGCGUCGGGACGCCGGGUGGCUUGCAGAAGCUGAACGGCCUUGGACAUGGCGGCCCCUGGCAGUGCAGCAACAUGACAUGGAUCAGCCCGGAGCAUCUGGACGCCUCCAAACAAGCUUCGUGGCUCUGGCGGACAGGGUGCUGGAAGAACGAGUCGAGACUUGGCUACUUGGGGGCCAGAGCCAGACCAGACUCAACUCUCACAGAGUCACAGCUGCUGGCCGAGAGGAGGCACACAGCCUGGGCGAUCGUAGCUGGGGUGUGAAUCCUUGGGACGCCCUGCGGAGAGUCAACCAGGCAAUUGGCAAAUUACUGGGAACAGACCCGCCUCCCGAGUACUGUGCUGUGCCCUGGGAUCGCCAUACAACAGCACAGUAUGGAGUACGGGCGUCGACAGCCUCUGUUCUCAGCCUGUGCUACAUGUGUAGUAGCGCCGGGAAAUCCUUCCAUCGCCUGUCCGGACGCCAACACCAAUCGUCCACGAGCACGACUGAGAGAUUGAGCUCCGAGCCUAGGGCGUCCGGUUUGAUUACCAAGGGGACGGUGUCGCUGGGAGAUGGUCAGAUUGUUGCUUGUAGGGCGAAAGCGUGUCGGGUGCUUCCCGCCCCCCUCCCCGCCGCGAUAUGCGUCUUCCAAGGCGGAAUUAAAGAUUUUCGAUUUUGUCCUCCUCUGAAAUGGAAUAAUCGGGUCCACCUCCUCAUCCUCCUCAUUCUCCUCCUCCGCUCCCUGGCAUACAUACACACCCACAUCCACACUCGUCCGGCUCAGCAUGCCGAGACAUCGAAUCCGUCCACACGGGUCACCGCAGGACGCCAUAUUGGGACUGCAGAGUGCACGCCGUCGACGCCCCGUGGGACUCGUUGCAGAAGCGUUGGCGUCUUGUCUCUGGGCUCCUGGCAUAGCGUGCCAAGAAGCCCGAGGGUUGUGGAGAUGGCGCCAGCCACUGAUGCUUGGCCGUCAAAGGCGGCGCCUUGCGCCAAAUUGGGUGGAGAUGACCUCUGGGGCACGAUACGACCCAACGUCAGCAGUAGCAAGGGCCGCCUCGACACGGAUCGACCGGUUGUCGAGUUGUUGACUGGCUGUUGUUGA